AACUGAGCACAAGAACGGACAAAGAAAAAUGAAAGAAAAAGGGGAAGAGUUAGAAACAGACCAUUUCCACGACAAUUCCUCGGAACAAUUUCUUCAGAUUCUCUGCAAAUUUUCAGAAACCCUAGCGAUUUGAGAGGAUACAGAGCAUUCCCUACUCCAAAACACCGGUAGUGGGAGAGGUAGAGCGGGAAGAGAGAGAUGAAGACGGGUUCGCAGUCGGAAGGACCUUCAGCUCCGGCGCUUCGACGGGACCCGUAUGAGGUGUUAAGCGUGUCCAGGGAUUCCACUGAUCAGGAAAUCAAGACUGCUUAUAGGAAGCUUGCUCUCAAAUAUCACCCGGACAAGAAUGGCAGUAACCCUGAAGCUUCUGAACUCUUUAAGGAGGUUGCAUAUUCUUAUAACAUCCUAUCUGAUCCAGAGAAGAGAAGGCAAUAUGACAGUGCUGGCUUUGAGGCCCUUGAUGCUAGUGGCAUGGAUAUGGAAAUAGACUUAUCCAAUCUUGGAACUGUUAAUACCAUGUUUGCAGCUCUGUUCAGCAAGCUGGGUGUUCCUAUUAAGACUACAAUUUCUGCUAAUGUUCUUGAAGAAGCUCUGAAUGGAACUGUUACAGUCAGACCUCUUCCUGUUGGAACAUCAGUUAGUGGCAAGGUUGAUAAGCAAUGUGCUCACUUUUUUGGUGUGACAAUUAAUGAGGAACAAGCUCAGGCAGGAAUUGUUAUAAGAGUUACUUCAACUGCACAAAGCAAAUUCAAGUUGCUCUUUUUUGAACAAGACUUCAAUGGCGGCUAUAGUUUGGCCUUACAGGAAGAUAGUGAGAAGACUGGGAAAGUAACGUCUGCUGGGUUGUAUUUUUUGCAUUUUCAAGUGUACAGGAUGGAUUCCACGGUCAAUGCGUUGGCAAUGGCUAAGGACCCUGAGGCUGCUUUCUUCAAGAGGUUGGAAGGUCUUCAGCCUUGUGAGGUCUCAGAGCUAAAGGCUGGCACCCAUAUUUUUGCUGUUUAUGGAGAUAACUUUUUUAAGACUGCUUCAUAUACAAUUGAGGCACUCUGUACAAAAACUUACGAAGAGACAACAGAAAAGCUGAAAGAUAUUGAGGCUCAAAUCUUGAGAAAGAGAAAUGAGCUACGUCAAUUUGAAACAGAAUACCGGAAGGCAUUAGCACGCUUCCAAGAAGUGACCAACAGAUACAACAAGGAAAAACAGUCUAUUGGUUGGGAGGAUCCAACUGGGAGAUAUCUUCUGAAAUGAAGAACUUAGACGGAAACAAAAAAACAUAGUUAGUUUGCUCAAAGUGGUAGAUGAGUACUAGUGUUUCUUCAACCUGAUUUGUUCACUUCAGAGUAAGGCCCCUGGGCUUGAUGUGUUCCCCUCAGGGUUCCUAAACAAUUCGCAAAACAUUAUCAAACCUAGAGUUCCUUGAAUUUUUUGAGAAGGGGAUUGUAAUACAAAUGGAAAUGAAAUAUAUAUAAUCUUCAUGCGCAAAAGAGUUGAUAUGAAGGAGGUGAAGGAUUUGUAGAUUAUAAUACUGACUAUCAGUCCUUAUUCCUGCAAGAAGCACCCAUGGUUAGACUUAAGGCCAUCCCUCCCGAGACAAUAUCUGAAUUUCAGACAGCUUUUGUGGGUGUUGUGGCGGUUGCCAAUCAUUGAUUCAGUUCUUGUGGUUAAUGAAGUGGUGGAAGAUUGGAGGAAAGGGUUUGUUUCAAAACUUGAUGAAAAGGCUUACAACCUUAUUGAUUGGGUUUCCUGCAUACUAGGAAAUUAAUGCUUUGGUGUGAUCCUGUGAGGUGGAGAUCUCGGAUUAGAAGUUGCCUUUGAUCAGCCAAUUUCCCGGUGAUAUUAAAUGGAAAGCCAAAAGGCAUGCUAUUUUCCAAUAGAGGCAAUCAAGUGGAUACUUUAUCUCCCUCUUUUUGUGUUAGUGACUCAUAGCUUGAGCUGAAUUAUUUCAGGGGCACAAUGUUUUAAGUUAGUGGAAAGCUUUAUGAUUGGAAGCUCUAACAGUCGCAUAUGUUUGCAGACUAUGUAUGGCUCUUAUCCUUUAUGUCUAGGCAAUACUGAUAAUCUGAUUAACUUGAAAUGCUUCAAAUUGAAUUCUGGUUUAAGAGUCGAUCUUGGUAAAGUGGCAGUGGUAUCAACCUCUUGGAGGAGGAAAUGGAAGUGUCUGGUGUAUUUUCUUGCUUGAGUAGUGGCUUUCCCAUUAAAUAUUCAGGUUUUUCUUUAGGUGGGAAUCCAAGGAGCGGUACCUUAUUGAAAAAAUUUAGAUGGGGAUCAAGAAAUUGAGGAAGCACCAAUUUUUUUGAAGGGGCUGAUGCUGACUAACAUUGGCACAGUCAGUUUUAAAUAUCCUUCCAAGCUAUUUCUUAUUGGUAUUCAACGCUCCCUCAAAGAUAGCCAUAAACAUUUGCAAUAUGAUUGUUUUUGGAAGGGCCUUAUCUUGAUGGACGAUCUCACCUUGUGAAACGGAGUAAAAUUGAGCUUCCUUUUGAUUUUGGCGGUCUCACUUUUUGUGGGAUUGCAAAAAGGAACAUAGCAUUCCUUCUUAUGUGGCUUAGGAGGAGUGGAGAAGCAAAAUAUGUGGCAUAAAAUUAUCACUAAUAUUCAUGGUCAGGAUAAGCAUGGCUGGUACUCAUCUGAAUAAGCUUUGCACUAAAAGGAGCCCUUGGAGGCAUAUUUUUGCCUGCAAAAUCUGUCGAAGACAGUCUCUUUCCUUGUGUGCAAACUGAGAAGGUUACAGAAUAGAAGUUUGGUAAGAUGUUUGAUUGCUGGGUUAUGGGUACGUAAUUUCUUACAUUCUCCAAGAUUGUUUCUACCUACCAAUUCCCAAAUCAGCAAUGGUUUUCAACUAUUGGAAUGAACAAACAAGCUCCUAGGCUUUAAAUCUCUUCAGAAAAUUUGAGAGGUUGAAGAAUGGCUUGCUCGGCCCAUGAAGAAAAUGUUAUCCUCUCGACUAUAGAGAGGACAUGAGAUGCGACUAUCAUGGGUUGGCCUGAAGGUCAUCGGGCCAAGUAAGAAAAGUAAAUUGCUUGGAGGGGAAUGAGUUCAAACUAUGGUUGCUACCUACAUAGGAUUUAAUAUCCUACGAAUUUCUUUGUCAACUAAUUGUAGGAAGGUCUAGUUGUCUCAUGAGAUUAGUUAAAGUUCACAUAAGCUGACUUGGACACUCAUUGAUAUUUAAAAAAAAAA